CAGUUGUAAAAAACGAUAAUGGAUCCAUGUCUAGAAGCUCGUCCGAGAGUGAUAAAUUCGGUAUUGUUAGAAAGAUGUAUAGACGAGCAGCUACCGCCCGGUGAAGCGGGUCGACUUGCCCGCAUUGAUGGUGUUAGUUUUGACGAGGUGACCCAAAUACGACUCGAAUAUUUUCGGAUUUUGAAAAUUGAUCAUUUGUGGGUGCUGAAGUCAUUGACAAAUUUAAGUUUGAACAACAACCUAAUAGAAAGAAUCGAAAAUUUGGAAACUCUGGUUAAUUUGGAACAACUAGAUUUAUCUUUUAAUAAAAUAACGAAAAUUGAAAAUUUGGAUGCACUCGUAAAAUUAGAGAAGCUUAGCCUGUACGAAAAUUUAAUAGAAGUAAUUGAAAACAUGGAUGAACUUGUGAAUUUAAGAAUAUUUAGUAUUGGGAAAAAUCAAAUUAGUGAUAGAAAUGGAAUACUGUAUCUGCGCCGUUUCAAAAACUUAACAUCAUUGAGUAUGGCCGGAAAUCCGUGUUCUGAAGAGAAAGAUUUCAGAUUUUUUGUCGCAGCUUUCCUACCCAACAUCUUGUAUUACGAAUACAAAAAAAUCCAGGACAAUGAAAUGCAGACAGGAUCAGAUUUAUUCAAAAUGCAAUUGGAUAGGAUCAAAAUGGAGGAUGCGAAGGCACAGGCUUUACGCGAGAAGAAAGAACAAGAAGAGGAAGAUGCAAAACUGAACUCGAGAAGCUUCGUGGAGUACUUGAACACAAGCCGCCUGUUCGAUGACAUGUUUGAGAACGACGAAGAAGGCAACACUUUUCUGUUAAUGGGUGAAGACAUCGAGGAGUAUUACGCCGAAUUCAGGAGGCAAUUCCUUGAGUGUUGCAUGCAGCUCUUCCAAGUCGGCCAGAAACAUUAUGGCUUACGACAGCACGAGGUGGAUGCAUUCCAGAAGUCUUUUCUGAACGCCAAGAAGAGCAAUCAAGAACGCAGUAUGAUAACAGAGGAAGAGUUUAAUACUGAACGUAAAAGAUAUGAAGAGGAGGUGAGAUUAUGCUGGGCUAAAAUGGAUCAAGAUCAUACCAAUUACGAUCCAACUUACGGCCCCGAUAAUUUCAAUGACGACAGUGAUUUGUAUUCGAGCAAGUAUAAUGAUUUGUCACACGCCACUUGGAAAAAGCUAAUGAAGCUGGAGAUUGAAUUAUAUGAACAGUUGGAGGAGUUGAUUGGCACUUUAGAUCAUACAUUGGGGGAGUUGGUGAAUAAUUUUAUUGAAGAGGCUCAAGCAAUUUUUACCACGCUGAGAAGCAUCGAGUCAAAUUACAAUGAUAAUUUGUCGGAUGAAGCGAAUAAAUUUAUUACUACAUUGACAAUCGGAACGGAUAUUGAUGUUGAAAGUUUGCCGGAGAAACUUAAAAUAAUCAUGAGCGAUAAAGAAACAUUAAUUAGUGCAAUAUCUGCAACACGUGACAUGCAUAAUUUGAUGAUAGAUAACAGGGAAGACAGAUUAACAAGUAGAGUCAGAAAUUGGUAUGAGACGUUGAUAUCGGAUAUAACUCGUAAUGAGAUCCUUAGAAACAGAAACAAAGUGUUGGAAAUAAAUCAUCUUUUGGAUAUUCGCAGAGAAGAGUUUGAAGCUAUCCUUAUAUCUCUUACACCGAAAGAACAGAGUUCAUCUGAGGACGAAGAGUAUGAUAAUUCUAAUAAAAAUGUUGUUUAAGAAAUGUACAUUUUAUUAUAAACAUAUUUUUAUAAUAUACAAGUUUUAACUUA